CAGUUGAGCGAUCAGUCGACGACGAAGGCUUGCAGUGAACGCGACGUGAAGUGCUGAACUCUCCAAACUCUCCGAACUCCAAACACUUCUUCUUUGGAGCCACCUCGAUCGCGCGUCCCCAAAACGCUGAGAACCCGAUUCGUAUUCCCCGAUCGUCGCCAGUGGCAAUCAGAUAGUGCUCCGCGCUCCCACCAAUCCAACCACUCGAAGCAAAGAUGGCCAAAAUCGUACUCUUCUGCCUGCUGAGCCUCUUGGCAUGCGCUGCAGGUCAACGCAUUACGACAAUCCACCUGGAUGGAGUGCAGUACUUCAUCAGCCGCAUGAAUCCCUAUUCCCCGGAGCUCAACUACUUCCUGGCCUACCAAUACUGUCGCUCCCUGGGCCUGCAACUGGCCUCCUUUGAGACGGAGGAGAAGGCUGAGUCGAUGACCACGUAUCUGAAGAAUGCCGGUUACGGCAACUACGAUUUCUGGACCUCCGGCAAUCGCCUGGGCACGGGCAUGUUCCUAUGGAUGAGCACUGGUCUGCCGUUUAACGCCACUUUUGAUUUCUUCGAAAACUCGGCGGACGCCAUCCAGGCCGGUCUGCUCGAUCCCGUCGAUCAUAAUAGCAACACCUCGCCCCAGCGCACCGCUCGCGACAGCAGCAGUGGCGCCGAGAAGGGAUGCGUGAUCCUGAAGCAGCCCACGCUCAAGUGGAUGCCCGAGGACUGCUCGGCCGUGAAGGACUUCAUUUGUGAGCAGACCCGCUGCUACUACUACAACUACGGCAGCAUCCCCGUCUCGUCGGCGCAGGGACGUCCCAUCACCUCCACCACCCCAAGGACUCCCGCCUCCCUGAUGAACCUGCAUGUGGCCGCCACCACCACUCCCCUGCCCCUGUUGAUGUCCACCAGUGGAGCAAUGUACACCGCUGCCAAGGCCAAAUCUUCGCCAGCCGUUGGCCACCGACUGAUCGAUGACUCCAGCUCCCAGCAACAGCCCUCCUUUAUGUCCUUCAAGCUAAACCACGAUCGCUCGCUGCCCGAUACGGAUUCCACUGACGUGGAUGUGGAGGAUCAGGAAGCGGAUUUGGAUGGCGAGGAGCACGAUGACCACGAGGCCGAGGGCGAAGAGGAGCAUGACGAGCACGACAACUUCGAGGAGCAUGCCCGUGAGCUGAGCAACGACAACGAUGGCGAUAUCAAGGAGCACGUAUUCCCACUGAGCGACAACGAACUCCACCCCGAGGUGCAUUCGAUCGAAGAGGUACAGCAGCAGUUGCAGCAGGAGGAUGCGGAUGCGGACUCGGCACCAGCUCCCGCGGCGGCUGAGGAGAACGAGAGCUCGCAGCACGAUGCGGAGGCGGAUGGAGAGCACGAGCAGGAGGGAGCUGAGGGCGAGACCGACUUGGAAAAUGAGUCGCCGGUGGAACUUAUCAAGGCCAACGAACCAUUGGCGAUGCCCAGCUCCACUGAAUCCCCAGCCGCCGCCAUCGAGGAGCGCAUCAAGCAGAUCGCCCAGGACUUCCAGAAAAUGGCCAGCUCCCAGGAGCUGCAGCCCAAGGAGGAGCUGACCCCCCAAUCCUCCCUGUCCCUCAACGAUCUGAUACGCACCCUGCGGCCCAACGAACAGCAGAUCAUUCCGCAGAUCGACUCGGACUACUCCAAUGCCAUGCGUGUCCUCGGCAAGCCAAUGGCGGCCAAUAACUAGGCAUCUCCUUUCCCUUACGAAUGCCACUAUCCUAAGUUGUGUGUGUGUUUGGGUCGAGGUGUUAUCCAACCGGGCAUCCGGGUUCCACUGAGGAAUGGCCAUUUUCGAGAGCCGGCCGGACAUGUCCGAAAAUGACGCUUCUCUCUGAGGACCUCGAUGCCAAUGGAUGACCGCGCUGAAAUGCAGCGAGAGAUUAAAGGAGCUAAGACAUUAAUCUAUAUAUAAAUAUAUAUGUAUUGUAUGCUUUAAUUGUAUGACAACCACCACAAAAAAAGGAAACUCUUGAUUAAUAAACGUAAUAA